AUGAAAGGGGCUGUCAUCUGCCUCCCUGACCUCCCACUUCUAAGAGAUGCCUCGGGGGAGAGCCCCACCAGAAUCCUGCUCUACUGGGAGCUGCUACUGGAACAUGCAGGAGUGGGUGCCAUGGCACAAAGGGUAAACUGUGAAGGUUUGCCACCCACACGCCCUUCAAAGACGGACUUGCUAUGGGAUGCCAUCAGCAGACGGCCUUCCAGUGUCAGCCCCUUCAAAGUCUGCAUCAGCUGCACCAAACGGCCUCCCCUGCCCCUAGACACUGAGAAGGCAAGGGGUGGAAAGACCUGGCCAGCUGGGCCCACCACUGGAUGUGUUUGGCAACCAGGGGUUGACGGACCUACCUAUUUACUGUCACAAUUGGUUAAGGAAGAAUCAAAAGUGUCCCUGGGGAUCAUCAGAGUUCUUUCUGAAGCUCCACGCUAA